CCACGGGGUACAGAGCCGUUACCUAAUUUUUCCAGCAGAGAUUCGUUCGAGGGAGCCGGCCGAUCAUAGAUGACGCAUUUUGGACCAUUUCCAUUUCAUUUUCGGUUGGCCUGCGGCAAACCUGCGUUUAGAUUUGAUUUCGAGGACCCUUGGUGCCUUGCGAUGCUAGCGCGCCCUCCUUCCCUUCACGGUCUGGCCCGGCAUUGUUUCACUCUUCCUCCUCCUCGCACUCCCGUCUAGUGGGCUUCCCAAUGCCCGACGACUCAAUCCGCCCUCUGAUCCGUCCCGGCUCGAUUUCACCCGCAGCGACAUUCGAAACUCCCAGUGCGAUGGAGAACCUCGAACUCGCCGGCGGCCAUGUACGCAGGAAGGGGAGGAUCUCAUGGGUGCUGGCGCUCUCGUAUGUGUUCGACUGGGUCGUCCUGAUCGCCUUCGGCGUCAUCGGCUAUAUCCUAGGCGACAUCACUCCAAACAAGCGGCCGUUCUCGCUGGACGACCGCAACAUCGCCUUUCCGUUCACAGUUAAGGAGACGGUCCCCGUAUGGCUACUCGUGAUUGUCGCGAUCCUCGUCCCGAUUGGCAUCAUCAUCGUCGUGUGCCUCGUCUUCGUCCCCGGCGCGACAGUCCCCGUUGGAACCCCCAAGUCUCUGAUCUGGAAGCGAAAGUUGUGGGAGCUCCAUAUGGGCCUGCUGGGCCUCGCCUUGUCCAUAAUCGGGGCUUGGUUCAUCACGAACGGCAUGAAGAACCUCUUCGGAAAACCUCGGCCGGACCUGCUGUCCCGAUGCCAGCCCGAUCUCGACAACCUGGCCAAAUACAUCAUUGGGGGCUUGAGAACGGCGACCACUAGCGGGCAGCUCGUAAGCCCAAACAUUUGCAAGAACCCGGACAAGCACCAGCUGGAUGACGGCUUCAGGAGCUACCCAAGUGGGCACUCGAGCUCAUCAGCUGCAGGCCUCAUCUACCUCUCGCUCUUCAUUGCGAGCAAGUUUGCCAUCACGAUCCCUUUCCUCGCCCCGGCCGGGUUCGCCGACGCUUCUGCCUUCGCCGCUUUCCCCUCGCGCACGCGAACUCCCGGUAUAAAGGUCUCUGGGCCAGACACGUACGAGCUUCCUACCCGCAACGCUGGCGGGCCGACGCCGUCGACCACCUUGGACGCGACGCUGGGAAACCAAGGCAUUGCGCGGCACAACAAGACGGUCACCGCAGUGCGGCGGCAGGCCGCCGCGCCACCUAUCUACCUCCUCUGCCUCGCAGUCGUGCCCUUCUUCGCCUCCGUCUUCAUUGCGGGCUCGCGCUGGUGGGACUUCCGGCACCACGGGUUCGACAUCAUGUUUGGCUACCUGAUCGGCAUCAUCACCUCGGUGUUCGCCUUCCGCUACUAUCACCUACCCAUCUCCAACGGCGCUGGGUGGGCAUGGGGCCCUCGCAGCCACGACAAGGCCUUCUGGGCUGGUGUGGGCAGCUUCAGCUAUGCCACGGAUCACUUCCGCGGCCAAUAUCACCGCGGGGGUGAUGAAGAGGAGGGGUUUACUGGCGUUGACGCGUUCGGUCAGGGCAGCUCGCGCAGCAGCCCGACCCCGUCUGUGUCGGCGCGCAAGGGGCCGGCUCCGCACGAGCGUGAUACCGCGUAUACGGGCGCUGCUGCGGACAACAGGAUCUAGAGCAUCACUUCAUUGGGUGGCGUUUUGAGUACAACAAAGUUUGGCUUGGCGGACUUUGUUCGUUUCCGUAGCGUAGGCCGCGCGAUCGUUGCUCUGAAACCUGUAGAACUGUAGGCUUUGUGUUUUCUGGGCGUUAGGGAUCUCGAUCUCAGGUUGUGCUUAUCAAGAAUCUGCGCAUUGGGGAGCUUCGGUUCAAAAUUUGGUUCGGGAGGAUGGGAGGAUCGGAGCCGGGACCGGAAGGGGAAGGGCGGCCCUCAACAGGAUGGGAUGUUAAAGCGUACAUGCGGAUAAUCAAAAAAAUGAGUGACGAGAUUAAAGGAACCUAGGUAAUACAGUCUACUCGGGUUCAGAUUCUAGUGCCUAAUGCAAUGUU